GAAAGUGUUUUCAGGUGAAAGUCAGCAGGAGUUUUUUUUUGUGAUCAGAAAAACAUGUGGCUCUUGAGGAAGAAAAAAAAAUCAUCAGAUGAAACGAAGGAAAGGCCCGUCUCACCUGGACCCAGCUGUGUGUCCUUUCAGAGUGACAACUCAAUGACAGAGCCUCUCCGGUUUACAGAUGGAGCAUCCUCUGUGGAAAGAACCCCAAAACAGGAACCAGAAAACAGCUGCAGAAAUUUGAUAGAGUCCGUAUUCCAGCUGGAGCACAAAGUCAUCACAUUGGUGAAGAAUGAACUGAACAAUUUAAAGAAGCUACUGAGUGCUGAUUACUCAGAAUGCUCUGAGAAGGAGGAGAAAGCAGAGGAGGAGGAUCUGGACCGUAUUAGAGAGAGUGUGCUGAAGAUCACACUGCGUAUCCUGAAGAACCUGAAGCAGAAAGAUCUCGCUCACCAACUGCAGAUCAAGCUGGCCUCUGUAUAUCAGCGAAAACUCAAAUCCAGACUUGGAGAUAAAUUUAAAAGGAUAAAUGAAGGAAUCUCCCAGCAUGGGACAUCAGUACUUCUGAAUCAGAUCUACACAGAGCUCUACAUCACAGAGGGCUGGAGUGAAGACAUCAGUGAUGAACAUGAGGUGAGACAGAUUGAGACAGUGUCCAGGAGACCAGUAACAGAGGAGAAACCCAUCAAAUGUAAUGAUCUCUUUAAAGACACGUCCAUCAGAAGUGUGCUGACUAAAGGAGUUGCUGGAAUUGGAAAAACUGUCUCUGUGCAGAAGUUCAUUCUGGACUGGACUGAAGGGAAAGUGAAUCAGGACGUCACCUUCAUGUUUCCACUUCCCUUUAGAGAGCUGAAUCUGAUGAAGCAGCAAAACCUCAGUCUGAUGAAUCUUCUUCAUCAGUUUUUCCCUGAUAUUAAGGACCUAGAAGUAAUAGAGAGUGAUACCUACAAAAUCCUGUUGAUCUUCGAUGGUCUGGAUGAGUGUCGACUUCCUCUAGAUUUCCAGAACAAUAAGAGAUUGUGUGAUGUGACCGAGUCGGCCUCAGUGGAUGUGCUGUUGACGAACCUCAUCAAGGGGAAUCUGCUUCGCUCUGCUCUCCUCUGGAUAACCACUCGACCAGCAGCAGCCAAUCAGAUCCCUUCUGAGAGUGUAGACCAGGCAACAGAGAUACGAGGGUUCAGUGAUCCUCAGAAAGAGGAGUACUUCAAGAAGAAGAUCAGUGAUCGGAGCCUGGCCAAUAAAAUCAUCACACACAUGAAGUCUUCAAGAAGCCUCUACAUCAUGUGCCACAUCCCAGUCUUCUGCUGGAUCUCAGCCACUGUUCUCGAAAGAAUGUUAGGUGAAGCAGAGAGUGGAGAGAUCCCCAAGACUCUGACUCAAAUGUUCACACACUUCCUUAUCUUUCAGAUCAAACACAAGGAACAAAAGUACCAUGGAACAUAUGACCCUGAUUCUCAGCAGACCAGAGAGAGUAUCCUGGCACUGGGAAAACUGGCUUUCCAACAACUGGAGAAAGGAAACCUGAUCUUCUAUGAGGAAGACCUGAGAGAGUGUGGCAUUGGUGUUCGAGAAGUGGCAGUGUACUCAGGGGUGUGUACUCAGAUCUUCAGAAAAGAAUCAGGACUCUACCUGGGGAAGAUGUUCAGCUUUGUGCAUCUGAGCAUUCAGGAGUUUUUGGCUGCGUUGUAUGCAUUUCUCUGCUUUCUUGACAAAACUCCAACAAAAGAGCAAACUACUGCUCUGUCUGGUCUUUUCAACACAUCAGAAAUGUCUGACUUCCUCAAAGGUGCAGUGGACCAGGCCUUACAGAGUGACACCGGACACUUGGAUCUUUUCCUUCGCUUCCUUCUGGGCCUCUCAGUGGAGUCCAAUCAGAAGCUCAUUCGAGAUCUGCUGCCACACACAGGAAGCAGCUCUGACUGCCAGAAGGACAUAGUUGAGUACAUCAAAUUCAAGUUUGAACAAAAUCCAUCUCCAGAGAGAUUAAUAAACCUUUUCUACUGUCUGAAUGAGUUAAAUGAUGAUUCACUCGUGAAAGAGAUCCAAAGUUACAUGAGCUCAGGACGUCUCUCUGAAGCUGAACUCUCACCUGCUCAGUGGUCUGCUCUGGUCUUUGUGUUGCUGACAUCAGAUGAGGAUCUGGAAGUGUUUCAGCUACAGAAGUUCAUAAAGUCAGAUGAAUGCUUUAAGAGGCUGCUACCAGUCGUCCAGCAAGCCACAACAGUUCUGCUCAGUGAUUGUAACCUGACAGAGAGAAGCUGCUCAGCUUUACACACAGUUCUCAGCUCUGAAUCCUCCAAACUGACUGAGGUGGAUCUGAGCAGUAACCAUCUAGAGGACUCAGGAGUGAAGCAGCUUUGUGUUGGACUGGAGAGUCCAAACUGUAAACUGGAGAAACUGAGACUGUGUAACUGCAGUGUAGCAGCUGAAGGCUGUGCUGCUUUGGCUGCAGCUCUGGAAGAAAAUCCCUCACAGCUCAGAGAGCUGGAUCUGAGCGGGAAUAAAGCAGGAGACUCAGGAAUAAAGCACAUCUCGAACCUCCUACAGAAUUCACACUGCCUCCUGGAAACACUCAAACUUUCAGACUGCAGUAUAACAGAGGAAGGAUACACUGCUCUGGCUGAAGCUCUGAGACUAAACCCAUCAUCACACCUGAGAGAGCUGGAUCUCAGAGGGAACGACCCUGGAGCAUCAGGAGUCCAACAACUUACUGACUGCAAAACUAACAAACUGACACUCAGGUUGUUGAAAAGUGCUGAAGCAGAGGAAGCCUACAACCUUCUUACUCGAAUGUUCAGUAAAAACCCCUUACUGCACACGGAGCUGGAUCUGAGCUCCAGAAAAUUAACAGACGUCAGCGUGGAUCAGCUCUCGGCUCUGCUGCAGGAUCCACAUUACAGACUGCAGAAACUUACACUGAGGAACAGCGUCAGUGAGAAAGCCUGCACUGCUUUGGCUUCAGCUCUCUGUACAAAUCCAUCACACAUCAGAGAGCUGGAUCUGAGUGGGUGUAAACUGGGAGACUCAGGAGUGGAGAAGCUCUGUGAUCUACUGAAGAAACAUGAGUGUAAACUGGAGACACUGCAUGUGGUAAAACUGAGCAGUUUUACCAUGGAGGAGUGGGGACUUUGCCGUUUCCUCCCCCCAACUUGCCCCUGGGAGAACCGCUGCCUCCACGGGCGGCCGGUGCCGCUGGGGGGCCGCCCGCGCGACCUCGGCUCCCGACAAAAGAUUGGAUCUAGGGCUGACUUUCAAUGGAUCGCAGCGAUGGAGCUGCUCUGCCACUCACGACACCCCGGCCCAGAAUCAGGGAAAAAUACCGCGUGCUGACGUCAUUAAGACUGUGGAACAGCGUCAGUGAGAGAUCCUGCACUGCUUUGGCUUCAGCUCUCUGUACAAAUCCA